AACCCCAAAUAUUAUUUUUUUCUCCAUUUUCACUGUCACCAGCUCUAAUCUCACGCUCUAAUGGCGGUGCGUGCAACAGUUACUCGGUUUCCGAUUGACGUAGAGUCACUAGAGGAGUCAGGGCUACCGUGGGGUGUAACAGUUUCACCGUUUGCUGCAAAGGAUGAGAAUGGGAAUCCACCGGUUUAUGGAUCGGAAGGUCACUUACUACCGCGAUGUGAGAAUUGUUGGGCUUACUAUAAUACAUACUGUGAGCAAGAGCAGUGGGCUUGGACUUGUUCCCUUUGUGGUACACUCAAUGGACUAUCUUCUCAGUCUGUCAGUCGUUAUUCUCAACCUGAAUCUUGCCCGGAGAAUAUAUCUUCCUUUAUUGACCUUGAAUUGCCCAUAGAAGAAUCUGAGGAAAUGCAGGCACGGCCUGUUUAUGUAGCAGCUGUUGAUCUUGCUUCAUCGGAGGAGUUUUUGGAACUUGUUAAAAGUGCCCUUUUAGCUGCUUUAGAAGCUCUUGGGCCUGGAUCACUAUUUGGCUUGGCCACAUUCAGCCAUAAAAUAGGUUUGUAUGAUGUUCAGGGCCCCAUUCCAGUGGUGAAGAAUGUUUUCAUUCCUUAUGAUUCUGAUGGUACUCUGUCUAUGGAACUUCAGGAUGUCAUGCCCCUAUCUUCAUUUUUAGCUCCAGUGGAUACCUGUAAGGACCGCAUAGCGUCAGCACUUGAAACAUUGAGGCCAACAACUUCAUGGGAAAGGACAUCAGGUGCAGGUCAAGGGUUAGAUGGAGUUUUCCUGGGCGGAAGGGGUUUUGGAUCUGCAAUGGAAGCCCUUUUCAAUUAUAUUGGAUCAGAAUAUGGAAAUACAUUUGCAUUAGCUAGAGUUUUUGCUUUUCUUUCUGGUGCUCCUGAUAUUGGAGCCGGCCAACUAGAUACAAGACGGUAUGGAGAGCAGUACGCUAGUAGACGAGAGGAUGCAGAUCGAGCUUUACUUCCCGAACAAACUCCGUUCUAUAAAGAUCUGGCUGCCGUGGCUGUGCAAUCAGGUGUUUGUGUAGACAUAUUUGCUGUGACAAAUGAGUAUACUGACUUGGCAUCACUGAAGUUUCUGAGUAUUGAGAGUGGAGGCUCCUUAUUUUUGUAUACGAGCACUGAUGACUCCACACUUCCUCAAGACAUGUACCGCAUGUUAAGUCGACCAUAUGCUUUUAAUUGUGUCUUAAGGCUGAGGACUUCGUCUGAAUUCCAGCAGAGUCAUUCUUAUGGGCAUUUCUUCCCAGAUCCACAAUAUGAAAAUGUCCAACACAUAAUUUGUUGUGAUUCUUUCGCUACAUAUGCCUAUGAUUUUGAAUUUGCGAAUAAUUCUGGAUUUUCCAGGCAUACUUCAGAAUUGCCUAUGCUGCAAAUUGCUUUUCAGUAUACUGUUGUUGUCCCACCAGAUGAACUUGCAAAUGCAGGAUCAAAUACUACAACAAGAGCAAAGCAUUCUCUCAAAAAGAGAUUAAGGAUUCGAACUCUUCAGUUUGGAGUAGGUCAUAGCAUAAAUGAGAUUUAUGACUGUGUUGAUUCUGAAGUGGUGCUUUCAUUACUUGUCCACAAGGUUAUUCUAGCCUCGUUGGAGCAAGGCGUUCGAGAGGGCAGAAUGUUACUUCAUGAUUGGCUUGUUAUUCUUACGGCUCAGUAUAAUGAUGCUUGCAAACUUAUUCAGUCUGGGCAUGGAGGUUCAAGUGGCGUUCACAUUGAUGUUGCAUUUUCCCAAUGUCCUCAACUGCAGCCUUUACCCCGCUUGGUUUUUGCUCUAUUACGAAAUCCUCUUCUCCGUUUACACGAAGAAGGCGUGCAUCCUGACUACCGAAUAUAUCUUCAGUGUCUUUCUAGUGCACUAGAACCUUCUUCUCUUAGUCGUGCUGUAUAUCCAUUGUUAACCUCAUAUGCCUCACCGGAUAAGCAAGCAUAUCCUCGACAUUCCCUGAGCCGAGCUGCGCUGAUUACAAGUGGCAGUCCAAUAUUUUUCCUUGAUGCAUUCACAAAUCUCAUUGUGUUCUAUUCCUCGACAGCAGACCCUUCACUUCCGUUUCCGCCACCUCAGGACUGUUUACUGAGAACAACAAUAAACAAGCUGAAGCAAGAGAGGUGUAUCACACCAAAACUUUCAUUUAUCAAGGGAGGGCAGGAUGAUGCAACGGCGUUUGAGAAUUAUCUGAUAGAGGAACAAGAUGUUGAAGGAAGCGGCUUUACUAGUGUCAUGGGUUUCGUUUCAUUCCUCGAGGAGAUUAACCAAAGCACAUUGGAGUACUUGAAAUAAGUUGUGCAUCCAUCUUUCAACACCACAGGUUAUGACAGGAAGCAGGUACCUCCAAACUCACUGUACAAUUCGACCAGAAACAGUUGUAUCAUCGACAACCAAUGAACAAGUGCAAACUUUUGCAACAAAGGGUUACAUGUAGCAUCACAGCAAGCAUUUCUGACUUACUCAGAGCAGUUGUACCGAUGUCACCUCCCAAGACCGUAUCGUUAUAUGUUUCCCAGUUCAGCUUUAGACGGUAGAUUUGCUCAUUCAAAAUUUGUACCAGAAGCUGGCUCAAACUUUUAUCUUUUUCUUGGGUUAGUACCUUAAAUAUAGAAUAAAUAGCUGUGUUUUGAACCAGAAUUUUGUUGUUUGUCAGGUUUUCUGUUGUUUUCUCAAUUCACACAUUUGGUUCUGUUGGUGCAUUGGCAUAUGCAAAUUGAAUGUAAUUCUU